AUGAUUCCAAACAAAAACAUCCACAACCAACAAUCUCCCGAUGGAAUGAACUACACAUUGACACAACUCACCACUAUCAAAUACCCAAUCGAUACGGAUGGAAAUUCUCGAUUUGUCCGAGGAGUUGGAUUCAAUGAAUGGGAUAUUGUGAUUAAGGAGGAUAGAUUCGAGAUGAAGAAGACUCCGUAUGGUUCAAGAGAGCUCCCGAUUCAUUUCGCGUUUUCGAACGAAAGCGACCAUCAAAUAGUAUCUAGAGCAGAGACCAUCAGAUUCAACGGACGUCACCACAAACUACAAAAAUGUACAGGAAUGAAUCAGAAGAGAAACUCAGAAGUUCAGAAAGCAACAAUUCGAGCUAAACGGAAACCAAUCCAAUCGCCAAUCGAUUCUUCAUCCACUCCUCCGCAACAUUCUCCUCCCAUGUCUGUCGAACGAGUCAUCGAAAUGCUCAGCAAACCAAUUCCUUUUGAAAUCCACGUGGACCCCUUGAAGAUAACAAAAGAUAUAAGGGAUUGGAUGACAAGUAACUCGUGUUCUCAAGGAUUCUUCGCUUCGAAUAUUCUGAAUGUUUGUCGGAGUCGCUUCAAUUAUUUGCUCAACUAUCCAGCACUGUAUGGUAUAUUGAAGAGUGGGAAAGAGUAUUUUGUCAAAAUGUAUAAUUCGUUGGGAAUGUCAAAAGAUGAGAGGAAUCAGAUUAUGUCGAUGGAUCUAUAUGGAACCAGAAGUAUCGGGAAAGUGAAUAAAGCAGUUCAAGUUUCGGAAAACUCGGAAAAUUUCGUAGACAUAGAUGAGCCACCAAAGAAGAUCUCCAGAAAACGUCCAGCAUCCGUCAGAUCAGACACAUCUUCUGAAUCCUCUUCAUCACCUUCGUCCCCCACUGCAUUCACUCAUCAAAUGAUCACUGAACUCCUCAACAAACCGGUCGACUUCGUUGACACUAAACGAGUUUCCGCUGAAAUUAAGGAGUGGUUAGUGGAAUCUCAAGCCACACAAGAAUGGUUCGCCUCCACAAUAGUGGGAAGAAAUAGAAGAACUAUGGGACCGGCUAUCAAUUAUCCAAGGGACUGGAAUGACUGCGCAAGUAAAGGACAAGAGACGUUCAUGAGGAUGCAUAAUUGGAUGAAGCUUUCGGAGAUGCAGAGACAACAAAUUAUGAGGCAGCAUAAGUUGAAAAAUAUAAUUCCAAUCCGAAACAACCAACAAUCUCCCGAUGGAAUGAACUACACAUUGACACAACUCACCACUAUCAAAUAUCCAAUCGAUACGGAUGGAAAUUCUCGAUUUGUCCGAGGAGUUGGAUUCAAUGAAUGGGAUAUUGUGAUUAAGGAGGAUAGAUUCGAGAUGAAGAAGACUCCGUAUGGUUCAAGAGAGCUCCCGAUUCAUUUCGCGUUUUCGAACGAAAGGGAGCAUCAAAUAGUAUCUGAUAUAGAGACCAUCAGAUUCGACGGACUCCACCACAAACCACAAAAAUGUACAGGAAUGAUGCAGAAGAGGAGUUUGAAGGGCAAAAGAUAUUCGAGAUUGGAUCGCUUCAAUUAUUUGCUCAACUAUCCAGGACUGUAUGGUACAUUGAAGAGUGGGAAAGAGUAUUUUGUCAAGAUGUAUAACUGGUUGGGAAUGUUAAAAGAUGAGAGGAAUCAGAUUAUGGCGAUGGAUCUAUACGGAAUCAGAAGUGCCGGGAAAGUGAAUAAAGCUGUUCAAGUUUCAAAGGAUAUGAAAAUAUUUGUAGACAUAGAUGAACCACCGAAGAAGAUUUCCAGAAAACGUCCAGCUUCGCUCAGAUCAGACACAUCUUCUGAAUCCUCUUCAUCACCUCCGUCCCCUCCUGCAUUCACUCAUCAAAUGGUCACUGAAAUCCUCAAUAAACCAGUCGACUUCGUUGACACUAAACGAGUUUCCGCUGAAAUAAAGGAGUGGUUAGUGGAAUCUCAAGCCACACAAGAAUGGUUCGCCUCUACAAUAGUGGGAAGAAAUAGAAGAACUAUGGGACCGGCUAUCAAUUAUCCAAGAGACUGGAAUGACUGUGCAAGUAAAGGACAAGAGAUGUUCAUGAGGAUGCAUAAUUGGAUGAAGCUUUCGGAGAUGCAGAGACAAGAAAUUAUGAGACAGUAUAAGCUGAAAAGUGCUAAGUGCCCCAAAACCACGAUCCCUUCUAUGAAAUCCUCGGAAAGAAAUCUUCGAAAUGCAGCAAGUGAUAUGAUUAUUUAUUCCAAUUGUUGA